AUCGGUUCGGUUAUUAAUCGGUUCUGUAAUUGCUUAAUUCUUAAACCAAUUUGCCUUGGUUGACUAAAGAAAUCCCUAAAUCGCUUUUUCACUCUUCAAACUCCAUUGUUCUUGCUGCAUCGUAUCAGGUUUACAUUUCUCUGGUUUAAGUAAAGGUUUCACCUUUUUUCCUUGUCAUCAACAACUACAAUUUCAAAAGUUUCCCAUUUUCACAAUGGCUGCUUUCUCGUAAAUUUCAAUUUCAGUUCUUCGUUGCCCAAAUUGCAUUACUACUUACUAGAAGUCUAGAAGAAGUGUACAGUAAUGAUGCUCUCUAACUUCAAUCCAACUCUCGGAGGAUUCACGUUUCAAGGAUUAUCAAAAUCUCAAGAAUUUGGACGUUACUCCACGUUGAAGACGAAAAGGUUUGGUUUUUGCAUCAGGGCAAAGUUCUCAGAGAAGCAAGCCGGGAAAUUGGAUGUAGCCACUGUGAACAGCAAUGAAAUAAAGAAAGUGGGGAAGAAAGAGCAUCACUUGUGGAAGAAGAAUGACCCUGCUGGGUCCGGGCAGAAAGCGCUUAAUCUUGUCCGAAUGCUCUCUGGACUCCCAAAUGAAAAAGAGGCUGUUUAUGGAGCUUUGAACAAAUGGGUAGCUUGGGAGGUUGAAUUUCCCAUUAUUGCUGCAGCUAAGGCUUUGCAAAUCUUAAGGAAGAGAAGUCAGUGGCAUCGUGUGAUUCAAUUGGCUAAGUGGAUGUUAAGCAAAGGGCAAGGGGCUACAAUGGGAACAUAUGAUACCCUCUUAUUGGCAUUUGAUAUGGACCAAAGAGCUGACGAGGCAGAAUCGUUAUGGAACAUGAUUCUGCACACACAUACACGAUCCAUCCCAAGACGCUUGUUUGCUAGGAUGAUAGCUUUGUAUGCUCACUAUGACCUUCACGAUAAGGUUAUCGAGGUGUUUGCAGACAUGGAGGAGCUGAAGGUGAGGCCAGAUGAAGAUACUGCGAGGAGAGUGGCUCGAGCCUUCAGGGAACUCGGCCAAGAAGAAAAUCGGAAACUGAUCCUUAGGAGGUACCUCUCUGAAUUCAAAUACAUCUACUUCAAUGGUGAAAGGGCUAGAGUCAAAAGAUAUUCCUCUGAAGAUAGUUGAUUUCAGUUUCAUUAACACACACCUACACACAUGUAUAUGUAGAAGUUACCCCCAAGUUUUUUCUUUUGAUUGUAAUCUUUAAACUGUAAAUUCAUCAAGAAAAUGGUAAAAAGAAUCUCCCAUUAGUAAAACCGAUGAAUUGUC